AAGAAAAGGAGAAGACAAAGAAUUAGUAAAGAAAAAAAGAGAUGGUAAAGAAAACUAGAAAUAGUAAAGAAAAAUUGAUAAGGAGUGCAAAAAAAAUUUGAGUCAGCGAGUAAAAAAUGUUGGUUCUUUUAGCGAAUGUGAAGGAAACAAAUUCAGGGGCGACAGUGGGAACGUCUCUUAAAAUAGCAACGUACGUUCCCCACCACCCUUUGAGGAUGCCUUUUCAGGCCGCGUUAAUUUCUUCUCAGAAUAUGAGAGAAGUGACCAUAAAAAAUUUUUUUUUCACUUUUUUUUAAUAAUUCAAAAAGAAACAAAUAGAAUUAAUUUUUAAAACAAAAAUUCAAAAUUAUGAAAGAUUUUUUCUUCGAGAAUGAAAAAGUUUAAUCGUUGAGUUAUUAUAUCUUGAUUAAAUUAUGUGGAGAAGGGAGGAUUUUCCUAAAGAUGUAGUGAGAUGCUCGCCAACAGAAUUUGAAAAUAGACACGUAACGGACUGUGGGUGGCACUCGUUGAAUCACAUAGAGUUUCAAUAAACCGACAGAGCAACUUGGUUCGUGAAUUUGUGUGCGGCCACUUUGAAAAUUAAAUUUUCGGAACUCAACUUAGUUGCAAUAGUUACUUGCGCAAGUCAUAUGUAUACCUGAUUCGUGAAAGUAGGCAAUUGUGACAACACACAUUGGUUGAUAUCAAAAGUGUCAUGAGUUCCAGGUAUUCCUAGGCAGGCUGUGAGUUGCUCCAAAUUUACAUUGUGCUAAUUAUACACUGCGUCGUCGCACUUGUCGUUAGUUUGUUGCCCCAUGAAAAGCUGAGCGGUGUGGUACCUGUUACGAAUCGAAAUUCAAGAAUACGAGAGCACAUCAUUUUCAUUUUUAGGAGUAAAAUUAAAAUUGAAUUGUGCUUUGUUUUGGGAGUGAAACAUUUUUUUAAAAUACGAAGAAAGAAGAGAAGGGAAAAAAAGUUUUAAAAUGUAUAAACGAACUGGUGAUUCUGGUGGAUCGUCGAACGAUCCGCCGUGGUUGGUGAGAGCGGAAGUCACCAUCCGGCACAAGACUCCAGAAAGUGCAGGAAACCCAGGAACUCCGGAAUCGAGUCCUAGAUCGGUCGGUCCGAACGUGAAUGAACUAAGUGGUCUCCGGAUGGUCUAUCGAUGGAACGCAAAUCAAUCGGCAGUGACACCUUCCCCAAGUUAUGGAUUUCAAAGAGGAAAUAUACUAUUUACCUCAACGCCACCUGCAAGGUCCAUUCAAAGUUCAAACUCCAGGAGUUCAGUUUCCCCCACGGGACAAGGAGCCAGCAUUUCGGAUUCGGGAUACACGAGCGAAUAUCUCUCACACUCGAGGUUUCCUUCUUCUAGAUAUUUGUCACAAAUGCACAAUCGCAGAUGUCAGAGCACUUGCAGUAUUACACUUUCGUCUGGAGGGGAAAAUAGUGAAAAAAGUGUUAAUAGCAGUCCCAUUCCACAAAGUAAAGAGCCUUGGAGUUCACAUCAACAUCUUUCAGCAAGAUAUAGAUUUAGUACUCUUCCCGAGGUCUGCGAAGAUUGUGCCGAAGGAUCCUCGACUACUUCCAGUGCUUUUACGACUCAUUUUUGUACCAGAGUUCCUAAUAAGCACGCUGACAAAAUUAACAAGACUGCCAUUAGCAGAGAUGCUGCCUCACAAACUACGGACAUUGAAACUUCUCCUAUUCUAGCUGUCAAAAAUAGUAAAACACGAAGAAAAAUUCUUGCUACACGCGGAAUAGACGAGCAGAGAAAACGAAUGCAGAAUGUAAAUUCACCGCCUUCACCGAGUAGUAUCAAGAGUUCUUCAUACACUGCAGAUCUGGAGAAAUCCGACACAUCUUCGAAGGAAGACAGUGAAAAACGAAAAUCACGAACAGUUCACAUUGAUGUUUAUUGUACAGGAACUGACGAUGAUCUCAAUGAAAGUAACACCGAUUCAUCGAGUAAGGAGGAAGAAUUUGAAAAACCGUCAUUAAUUUGCCUCGCUGGAAAAGAUGUGAGAAUAACUCACAAGGAAAUCACUGGUACUUCGAUUCUUCCAAGAGGAUUUCAGGAUGAUAAAGCUUUUCUGAAACGGGCCGCCGAAAGACGUUGUGAAAGUUUUCGACACGCUCCAAUGCGAAUGCCAUCGCUGGCAAGUUCAAAGGGUUAUGAGAGCGAUGACGUUUUAAGUUCCCUCUAUCCUUCACAAUUUAGUUCUUAUAGUGCACUCAGGGAUUUAGAUUCUGUUCCAUGGUCAGCAGCGUCUUCGAUUAGUGCCAUGACACUUGACACUUGUGAUUCCUCUUCUGCCACAUCGUGGAAGGAUACAAUUUCCGAUAUUGAAUCUCAUAGAACUAGUAUUACGCCGUGUGAUAGUUUUGAGCAUAAUGUCAGUUCGAAGAGUGCAAUUUUUGAUAAAAGUAAAACUUGGAAAUCACCACAGACUGAACGAAGGCAUUUACUACAGAGUAGGAAAAUUAAAAAAUACAUGGAGAGUCACCGUGUUGAUUGGACGUCGGAAGAGAGUAAUGGAGAAUCUGACGAGAGUGAUGCAAUUGCUUGGAGUUUUCUUUCUAGUGAGGAUUAUAAUAGAUCGGUCAAGGAGAGAAAAAAAUCGCCUGAAAUUGCUAAUGUUGUUCUACAGGCGAAAUCGGAUUUUAGAAAAAUAGCACCACCCCUGGCGAAGGUGGAAUCAUUUGUUUCUUCUCCUGUCGCGACUAGAGUUACUUCUCCCACUAGUUUCGGAGUCACUUCGUCUGCGACUUCGAGAAAAUCUCCUUCAAGUGCUAAAGAUACUUCCCCUGCUGCUAAAGACACUUCACCUAUUUCUAGAGUUACUUCUCCAACUUCUAGAGUCACUUCUCCAAUUUCUAGAGUCACUUCGCCAAUUUCUAGAGUUACUUCGCCAACUUCUAGAGUUACUUCACCAACUUCGAGAGUCACGUCUCCAUUCACUUCUAGAGUUACUUCUCCAUUUACUACAAGCUACGGUGAAAAGACUGAUCAUAUUAUUAAGGCUUCGGUUUUCGGACGAGUUGUCGCAGCUUUUAAAAAACCAGGUCACCACAUUGGACCUGCGAAAAAUCCAUCCUGCUCUUGUGAUCACUGUAGAAGAUAUUUUGACGAAAGAUCCAGAGAUCGCUUUCGAUCCUUUUUCGACUUUGAGAGAAGGUCCAGUUCUCAAUUAUCGAGAUUGGACAGAGAUAAUCAUUCAACACGCGCCAGCUCCAGGAAUUAAUUUAUUCAAAUAACAUAUAUUUAUACAUACUUUUUUGAAAGUUCAUUCCGAUAUUUUGAAUCGAAUUUUACGUAGUUCAUUAAUUGUAAGUUUGUUUUUUUGUUGCCGCGUAAAAUAUUUUUACCGUAAAGUUUCACAUAUAUUUUAU